UUUCGAGGAAACAAGUGGCUUCUGGCAGAACGAUCCUUUUUCGUGGUUUGAGAGGUGUGAGCAAACAGAAAGUGGAUUUUGCGGACUUUGUCCGAAUCGUGGUCGGAAUAAAUUCGAAUCAAUUUCUGCACAAGUGUUUCGCUAAAGUGAUUAACGAGAUUUAAGGAUUCAUCUUGAGGAUACAAUGACGAUGGACAUUCGGCAGUCUCGGUUGAAUGUGAAAAUCAAUGGGCAUUGCUCCGGAGCUGGUGCAUGUGACAGUGACGUGAGUGGAAUAGAAAUGGCCCACACGAAGUUGGAUAGUUUUCGGACUGGCAAGAGCUCUGGUAAACGGUCGUUCGACGUAGCUUUUCUAAUGAUGCCAGAUGAAAAACUGAAAACUAAACAAGUGAAAAAAGCUCAAUCGCCGACAAUUGACGUGGAAAGUGAUUCAACUCAGUCGACUAGAUCUGAAGACUUGUCAGUGAAGAACGGUUUCAGUCCAAUUCGUCCUGCCGAGGAAAGAAACUUUAAUCUGGAGUUACUCAGCAGGCCAAAACCCCACGAGGGAAGUCCCACGGCAAUACAGGAGAUGAGCCACGAACGGUUAUCGUACAUGCUACCCAGUUGCAGAUUCUACGAGAAUCCAGGACUGAUGGCAAUUCGCGAGAAAGCCGCUGGAAAUUUUCUUGGCUCGGAGCUGCCACGCAGUGCAUUCUCUAAAGUAACUAGCAUCACAGUUCCUGACUCUCCAAUCCCACCACUGAGUCCAGAUCAACACAGCUGCCCAUCAACAAGCCCUCCUAUUUCCAUCAGUCCAGGAGCUCCAAACAGCUUCCGCUACGAUUAUCCUUUCAUGAAUGGAAGUCCCCAGCACCCAGCGGAUCUCAGUCCUUCCCAACAAUCGAAGUUGAAAACCAUGAUGUAUCGACCAGGUCCCAUGUCGGAAACGGAAAUGCCUCAGGGAUACUUUCCAUCACCUCCAUUCAUGCCAUUCGCAGCAGGUGGCCCGCCAAAUUUGCUGCCGGAAGUAGACGGUAUCAUUCGCAAUCCGGCAGCUGCCGCCAUCCUGUCCACGCUGCUGCCGACGGCGAUGGGUGCCUUCAGUCUGUCGGCACAGAACACCUGCGCCAAGUGUAACAUCAGCUUUCGGAUGACCAGUGAUCUGGUGUAUCACAUGCGAUCGCACCACAAGAACGAACACCAGCAGGAUCCACACCGGCGAAAGCGCGAAGAAAAACUCAAGUGUCCAGUGUGCAACGAAAGUUUCCGCGAGCGGCACCACCUAACCCGACACAUGACCGCUCAUCAAGAUAAGGCCGGAGAUCUGCUGGAUCCCAAGAAGCGAACCACAGAACAACGUGGGCGACCGUAGAAUUUGUGCAACCGAAAUAACAGUUGGCGUUAGACGGUGGGUUUUCGCUAGGGUUGGCAAGCGUAAGGGUUGGUUAAAUAUUUUUAAAUUGUUGAAGCUCAAGUAGGUAAUGGAAACUAUAAAUCAUUAACUAAACAAAAUUAAAAGGGCAGCAUGGCGGGAAAAGUGUAAACUUGAACUGGAAAUAUACAAUUUCAUAGAAAUUUAUAACUCAAUUAAUGCAAAAACAGAUUCGCGCAUCAGUAGAAUAUCACUGAAAAAGUUCUAGAAACGACAACCAUGGUAAAUUUUGCUGAUCAUUUCGUUUAAUUUUUUUUUCAAAUAUUGAUUGAAAUACGUGACACUUUGCAAUACUCCUCCUCGUAGGAAGAAAUAAUGUGGAAGCCACAAGAAUCAUCAGCUGACUUUAGAUCCAGCCAGUAAUUACGUUUAUUAAAUUCACUCUCAGUUAAUAAAUAAACAAACCAAAUGUUGGUAGUGGUAGUAAUAGCUUGUAAUACUCGAUACUACCAGGAUAUAGAGAUCAGUGCGUAAUUAUCAAUACUUUUAAUCAAUGAAAUUGUUGUAAUAAUUACUAAAAAAAUGUAAACAUCAGCAAACAACAAAUAAUGAAAUAAUACUGUUAAUUUCAAAGCACCAUGAUUCGUUUGAAAUGGUUGAAUUUACUUUCCGAGUUUCGAAUGGAUAUAAUUUGAAUAUAUAUAAUGAAAACCAUAGUUUACGUAUAUGAAUGUGAAAUUUCUUUUCAGCAUUUGUUCUAUUGCAUAGAAGACAUUACAAAGAACAAGACUCAGCCCAAAAAGAUUUUAACAGGGUUUAUAAAAUGUCUAUAAUUCAAUUGCAGCUAAUCCCUUUACUCAGUAAACCACUCUGGAAAAUCAUUCAACAUAUAACCAUUCGCAGUUUCUAGCCUGAAACCCAUCCAAUAUUAUUCAUCACUUUAUGAAUCAUCAAUAAUCCGCAAACCAACCGCAGCGGAUCAUCAUCACAAGCCAAUGCAAAAAAUCCAAACGCAAUGCCCCUGCUUUCCUCGGAGACAAGUUAGUUAAAUCCCUUCCACUUGAGCCAGGAAUUAGCUCACAGAGCCAAAACAUGUAACCGAAUGCAGCAAACGCAUACACAAACAAACUAUGGACUCGCGCCCGCGACAAGUGAUUAAAAUCCGCACAUAUUGCCAACGAUCCCUUUGACAAACUCAGCAUAGAAGAAGAGCUGAACAUCUGUUAGUAUUUUCCCCGAAGAAACAAGUGUGAAUCCUUCCUUCCUGCUGACCGACUGCCGCUGUCGCUGUUGCCGUCGCCGGUGCAGCCAGGCUCGAAGUGAGUGUCGAGUGUCGAAAGCAACCCUCUUUAGGAUAAUUUUUGUUUCAAUACGAGCACAUUCGACAUCUCGUGUGGUGUGGUGGCACUGGGCGCUUGACAAGAUCGCACAACAGACGGGACCCCUAUGGUGCUCGUACCUAGAGUGAUUGAAAAUUGGUUUCGACAAUAUGGACUAGUUUUUGGAAUGGAUCGUACAGGAAAAACAAGAGAAAAAUAUGUUUACAGAAUAUGUGACGGGGGAAUUCAACCUUUUCAAUUAGACACGCCGGUUGCUAUUAAUUAUGAUAUUCGUUUCGAAAAUGCAAAGGCGCAACGCGUUUUCGUAUUGCGUUCGAAUAGCAAGUUGAUUGCAGACAGAAAGGGUUAGUGUAGCCAAAAAAGUCAUCAUUUGUAUUUCAUAUUAUAAAACGAACUUAAGUUUAGUUUCAAACAUUUGUGAUAUUAAAUGUACUGUAGAAAUAAUUGACGCAAACCGAAAUCGAAAACAAACAAUACUUAUUUCAAGCAAUGAAAAAUGUUUAAUAAAUGUUGUACAAUUAGUGUAAAACGGAAAA